UUAGUCGACUAUGAGCUGUUAGUGUAAGGGCCUCACCAUGGACCUGUACAAAGCAGCUUUCCUCCUGGGAGCCCUGAUCUGCACUGUCAGCAGUACUGAGGUGGACGGCUAUGCCAAAACUGAAGGAGCGUGGAUCCUCUCGCUGAACAAAAGAAUGUACUCUGUAAACGCUGUGGCUGAGUGUGCCACCAAAUGUGACACUGAAACAUCCUUCACAUGCAGGGCUUUCAUGUAUGUUGAAAAGGACCAGGAGUGUUGGACGGCAGCAGCAAACUCUAAAUCAGAGAUGGUCUUGCGCAGGAGCAGCACAGCUUUAUAUGAAAAACAAUUAUAUCUCCUGGAGUGUGUGAAUGGAAUAGGAACAGAUUACAGGGGAACAAAGGCCAGAACAAAAUCAGGAAAGAUAUGUCAGAAAUGGGAAGCAAAACAACCACACAGGCCCAACAUUACACCACAGAGCCAUCCCCGAGCAGACCUGGAGUCCAACUUCUGCAGAAACCCUGAUGGAGACAGCGGGGGACCCUGGUGUUACACCACUGACGCCAGUACCCGCUGGGAGCACUGCGACGUGCCCAGCUGCACUGAGGAGUGUAUACACUGCAGUGGUGAGGACUACAGAGGAAAAAUCUCCACCACUGAAAGCGGCUUCACCUGUCAGCGCUGGGACUCCCAGAAACCUCACAACCACGGCUACAUCCCCUCCGUUCUUACAGAGAAGUAUCUUGAGGAGAAUUACUGCAGGAACCCCGAUGGAGAAGCCCGACCAUGGUGCUUCACCACCAGCCCAUCCAAACGAUGGGAAAUCUGCUCCAUACCCCGCUGCACAUCAGAGCCUCCCACCGUCGUUCCAGAGCUGACCUGCGCCACCGGUGGAGGCAGCGCGUACCGAGGCACGGUCUCUGUCACAGAGUCUGGCAAAACAUGCCAGGUCUGGUCUGCUCAAACGCCACACAAACACAACCGCACUCCCGACAACUACCCCUGCAAAGGCCUGGAUAGCAACUACUGCCGUAACCCUGACAACGAGAUGAUGCCCUGGUGUUACACCACUGACCCUCAUACUCGAUGGGAGUACUGCAGGGUGCCGAGCUGUGGGGAUGCACCUGGACCAGGUGAGGCAGUGAUUCCCCCAGAGGAGGAAGACUGUUACGAGGGGGACGGAACGACUUACCGUGGAAUAACAUCGGAGACCAUCAGUGGAAAGAAAUGUCAAGCCUGGAGCGCCAUGACUCCUCAUAGCCAUCGAAAAACUCCACAGGUUUUCCCCUCAGCAGACCUCAGGAGGAAUCUGUGCAGGAACCCUGAUGGAGACCGAGCUCCCUGGUGUUACACUAUGGACCCCGGAGUCCGCUGGGAGUACUGCAACUUGGAGAAAUGCCCUCCUGCUGCAGUACCCACCCAAUCUACUAAACCCGAGGUCCCCUCCAGUGCCACCCAGACCCCACCAGAGAAAGACUGUAAGGUCGGGAGUGGAGCUACAUACCGCGGCCCAACCUCCAUCACCAUACUGGGCGUGACCUGCCAGGCCUGGAGUGCUCAGAGCCCUCACCAACACAAUAGUUUCACCCCACGAACUCACCCCGACAAGGGUCUGGAUGGCAAUCAAUGCAGAAACCCAGACAGCGAUGUGAAUGGACCGUGGUGCUACACUACUGACACGAGCAAGAAGUGGGAUUACUGUCAGAUCCCUGACUGUGCAGGAAUGAAGUGCGGAACGCCAGUCAUCAAACCAAAGCGCUGUUUUGGUCGUAUUGUGGGAGGCUGCGUGUCUAAACCUCACUCGUGGCCCUGGCAAAUCAGCCUUCGGACCAAUACAGGGAUCCAUUUCUGUGGAGGAACUCUGAUUAGCGCUCAGUGGGUCCUUACUGCCGCUCACUGCCUGGAGAGGUCCAAGCGGCCCUCAGCCUACAGGGUAGUUCUGGGUGUUCACACAGAGAGAGCUGCAGAGCCGACCAAACAGGAAAAGGCACUGGAAAAACUGGUGCUGGGACCCAACAGAGCCGACAUCGCUCUGCUCAAACUGGAGAGCCCUGUACUAAUAAAUGACAAAGUCCUGCCAGUUUGUCUGCCAGAAAAGGACUUUAUUGUUGCCAGUGGAACAGAGUGUUAUGUUACUGGAUGGGGUGAAACUCAAGGUACGGGAGGUGAGGGCGUCCUGAAGGAAGCUGGUUUCCCUGUGAUCGAGAAUAAGAUCUGUAAUCGUCCGUCCUACCUGAACGGCAGAGUCAAAGAUCACGAGAUGUGUGCAGGAAACAUCGAAGGAGGAACAGACAGCUGCCAGGGUGACAGCGGAGGUCCUCUAGUGUGUUAUUCCCAGAACAGGUAUAUCCUGCAGGGUGUCACGUCCUGGGGUUUGGGAUGUGCCAAUGCCAUGAAACCCGGCGUCUACGCACGAGUCUCCAAGUUUGUCGACUGGAUUGAGAGAACCAUCAAAGCCGAUUAACGUCAUCAAAUAGCUUAAAAUGUCAUAAAAGUGGUUCAUUUUUUUUUCUUUUUAAAGACAUUUCCACACGUAUGUACUGUUCUGCUCCAACAUGACUACUUUAGUUUGUGGGUGGUAUUGUUGAAGUCAGCAGGUCAUUUGUUUCCUGUAGUUCUUUGGGCUACAGUUUAGUAAAUGAGAGCAAAACAAGCAGAGCAUACUCCUGGUUUUGGGAUGUAAAGGUGUAUUUUCUGUUAAUUAAUUAGUUGUUAUUCAUAGAAAAUAUACCAAAGGUCAAUAUGUUGCAUCACAGUGAAUAAAAUAUAUCCACAUAUAUGCUUUUCACAGCAUUUUUCUAAAGGAGCAUGUGUUGUCAAAUUGAUGAAGACACUUUCUUCAUUUGCUUGUGAGUUGUGUUUUUACAUAUGUCUUCCUAAUUUGCAGUUUGUUGAGCUUUCAGGGUCAAGUCUGAAACAGAGAUGAUUUGAUCAAGAAAUGUUACAGAAAAGCAGCCGUUUUCAACAUACAGUAUAUACUGUACGUUCAAGAGAAUUAAGAAUCAAUCUACCUCAAAGUUAUUGGAGAGU